UCGGCCAGCGGCGCCAAGCGGCGGGCGCGGGUUCGCAAGACCGCGGUCUGCUUCUCGGCCCCGCCGUCGGUGGACCCGGACGCGUACGGUGUGGCGCUCUCCAGCGAGAUCCCGCUCGUGUCCAGCGGCGCGCCGGACAGCUCACCCCGGCGGCCCGCAAGCACAAUGAGCGAGGACAAUCCCGGCUCACAGUCCUCCAGCUGUGAGCCGGCCACCUCCUCUACCUCUGCACAGGGUGACACUUCGUCCUCACCGAGUGGCAGCUCUCCCGCUCCUGCCGCCGCCGGUUCCAGCGAGGCCUCCACUGACGUGGAAUACAGUCCGGGGAGGAGGACCCCUUCCAGUCGGGGCAGCGACGUAAGCAGCCAGAGGCGACGUCGUCUCACGAGCGCCGUGUCCGUUGACGAGAGGCCCGAACUCUUCCUGUCUGUCGAUGAGCUGCUGCGGCCGCCGACGCCGCCGCCGCGCCAGCCGCCGCUGUACCUGCGCCUGAUGACGGGGAGGCCGCGGGGACAGCGGAUCCCGCGCUCCCAGACCGUCAUCUUCUGCGGCCAGCGCCGGAUCCGCUCCGAGCUCUGGUUCGCCGUGCCGCGCGACUGCUGUGACGAGCUGUACAACGCCAUCCGGGAGGCGUCGCCAGAGAUCUGCGGAGGUCUGGACGUCACCAAGCCGGAGAGUCGCGGCUACGAGCUGAUCGUCUCGGACGACGAGACUAUUUGGGAGCCUGAAGGAGAGCCAGAAGACGCUGAGAACACCAUCACAGAUAGAUCAAAUCGAGAUGCCCAGCCGGCUGACGCCUCGGGCGAGAAUCCGGCCGCGCGCGGCCUCGAGUCGCCGGGUUUGGGCAUGGCCCUCGUCCCUGACCUGGUGGGCAGGACUGAGAUCGUCACCGAUGAGAUGGCGUCCUGCGUGUACAAGCUGCUGCCAGCGCGCGUCGAGGGGCAUCCGUGGAAUCUGCUCUUCAGCACCAGUGAGCACGGGUUCAGCCUGAAGUCGCUGUACCGCCGGGCUGCCGAGCAUGAGUGCCCCAUGGUGCUGUUCGUCCAGGAUGCCGAGCAGCACGUGUUCGGGGCUGUAAGUUCGGAUCCUAUCCGGAUGGAUCCCCACUACUACGGCACUGGCGAAUCGUUCCUGUUCACGUUCCACCCGGAGUUCCGCGAGUUCCGGUGGAGCGGCGAGAACCAGUACUUCGCCCGAGGCUCCCUCUACGGCCUUGAAUUCGGCUCCGGAGAGGGCCGCUCUGGCCUGUUUUUGGAUGAGGAGCUGUACCGCGGCCACACAGAGCCGUGCCGCACCUACAAUAACGAGCCGCUCACCACCAGCCGCGACUUCCUCAUCCACGCCGUCGAGCUCUGGGCGCUGGCGUGAGGCGAGCUCGCAGACAGCACGGCGGCGCGGCGGCCGGCCCGACACUAGCGCCAUCUAUACUGCGAGCGUCGUCUGUAGGGCGUGAUGGGUCUGCCAGGUGGCACGGUGGUCGGUCUGGUGCGGAUCCCUCCGCUCGGAGCGCAAGGAUUUGUGCGCGAGGUGGGCCGUCGCUUGACACUGCCAGCCGGACGACUCUUUUACUCAGCGCUUUCUUUUUUCGGCCACAGAGUGACUGCCGUGAACCACAUAGUGUGUGUGCCCAAAUGUUCUUGGGUCUAGCUUGAAAGCGAUGGUCCUAGUGUGCUUGCAGUUCAAGUUGGACUACCACAACUUUCAACAAUGAUCCGGUCACCUCCAGAGUAACGAACGUCCGUGACGUCAUGUGCGGCCGGGUGACGUCACCGUUCAGGCUACCUUGCGGAGCGUCGAUGAGUCUCGACGCCGGUGCGCCAGACUCACGAGCGGCCGCAAGUCGGCCGCCGUCGGCCGCUGUCGCUGGAUAUCUUCAGGCUGUGCUGUUCUUAGCAGGGCGGAUUGCAGUUGCGGACGGCGUCCGCUUGGCGGCGCUGCGGUGGCGCUGCGGAUGUGACGUCAUGGUAUCCGCGAGCCGUCUGCCGCCGCUGGCUGUGUGCAGGACUACUUCACCUUCAGUGGGGCGUGAAUGGUCUUGAUUGAACGCGGUGCGAUGGCGGCCGUCGCUCCUGUUUCAGCUCUUGCCAUGCUCUCGCGCUGGUCGCGUGCGUUGUACGCGGCCAGCUUCCGCGCAUUCGUGCGCCGUUUUAAGCCAGAAACACUCACACCAUUCCUUUCGUUUUCAUUUCAUGUCAUCCGCAUUUUGAGCGUACUAUACUUGAGAGCGUGUAGCAUGAGCUGGCGAUGCGAAUUUUGUAAAUACACAUUGAUCGAGAA